GGACAGGAAGCGCAAGGAAUUAUGGGACUUUUAGUUCUCAGUGGAGGACCGUUGGCUUGAUAACACCGCGAAGAACAAAACUAGACAUUUACCAACGAAAAUAAAACAUCAGCCUCGAAUUCAGCACAAGUACGAGCUCCGUAUGCUUUGAGUCCGGAUAAAUUCGGGUGGAUUCAGUCGCCGUACGAAGAAGAGUGGCUCACUUUUGGUGAAAAAUAAACAGGAAGUUGUUAGCGUUGUGGGACGUGUAGUUCCGCUUGCAGGCCACUGAGCUUUAUAACAACGCAUAGAAUAAAGAAACAACAGUAAAAUAACCUAAACUUAACCCGAAGACCGUGCUGUUAGCAUUGACGUUGAAGUAAACAUGCCCGGGUUCACCUGCUGUGUCCCUGGCUGCUACAACAACUCGCACCGGGACCGGGACCUGCGCUUCUACACAUUUCCUAAAGACACCACGCUGAGGGAGCUGUGGCUGAGGAACAUCUCCCGGGCCGGGGUCAGCGGCUGCUUCAGCACCUUCCAGCCCACCACAGGACACCGAGUCUGCAGCGUGCAUUUCGCCGGCGGGAGGAAGACCUACAGCAUCCGAGUACCGUCCCUCUUCCCUCUGCGGGGGGUGAAUGAGCGCCGGAGUCGGCGGGGCAGAGGUAGGAAAGUGUCCGCGGCGGUUCCUGCCCCCGCCGCUGCAGCGACCUCCGGGAUUGUCAUCACCAGCGUACUGGGCAGCACGGCCGAAGGAGCCGAGGGCAAUGCUGGCGGCGAGGCGAGCGACGACAGCAUCACCGUGGUUCAGAUAGGCCAAAACGGGGAGUACCUGGGCACGGCGCGGCUGCCCGCCCAGUCAGAGGGGACUUGUUACACCGCGCCGAUCGGCAGCGCCGACGAGCUGACCGCCGACGACUCAUCGGUGGAAACCGCGUCCACCGCGCUCCAGCCGGCCGUGCAGUACGUCAGUGUGACCAGCAGCCCGCUGGACCACUCGUACUCGCUGACCACCGGCACCACGUCGACCGAGCUGCUGCGGAAACUGAACGAGCAGCGGGACAUCAUCGCACUGAUGGAGGUGAAGAUGAAGGAGAUGAAGGCGACCAUCCGCCAGCUCCGGGUGGCCGAGGCCAAGCUACAGGAGGAGGUGCGGGAGCGGGACCGGCUGCUGUACGGAAACUCGGUAGCUUUUAGCGUCCGGAAGAAAAUCUGAUGGGUGAACAGCACCGGAGACGACCCGUUACAGAGACUCAGACUAACGGAGAUGACACCGAGGUGUUUGAAGACAGCAGAUCCAGCCCUAUUUUGUAUAAAACUACGAGCGAAGACAAUUUAUUUUCAACAAGUAGAACAGAUUUUUCGUAGGCCUGAUGUAAAAAAAAAAAAAAAAAAAAAAAAAAAAAAAAAACUUGGCUGGCUUGUGUAUGUAGCUUAGGCUAUAUUAAUAACCUCAUUGCUAAUUAUUCAGUCCACUCUUGGCCUGCAGCCCUACCAAGGUCAAUAAUACAUAUUUUAUUCAUUCAACGAGACUCAUCGUUUGCACAGACUCACAGGCUGGUUUAUACAUUUACAAGAAAACUGCCUAGUUGCAUAGAAAGUUUUUCUCUUUAAGAUUUCUCUUACAAUGUUUUAUUUCCUUACCUAUGAAUUUAAAUUAGGUGGUUGUUGCAAGAAACAUCUCACAGUAGAUUUGCAGAGGUAAUGUAAAGUAGGCCUAUGCCAAGAUUAAGUAUCCAUAGGAUUUUUUGUAAACAAAACACUAUCUUGGCACACUUAUGGUGUUAGUCAAUGAAAUAAAACUCUACCAUGACUUUUUCUGAGUUGCCUUUAGUUGUUUUCCUUUAUUUUUGUUGCUGAAGACAUUUGUGCAACAGAAAACUGACUUUAAGGAAUUACUUAAAACUUGAAGGGACACUCAAAAGAUGUAAGCUUAUUAAAGGAUGUUUCUUGAAGAUAUGCGUUAAGUUUGUUCAGUGUUUUUUUUUUUAAGGAAAUCUUAAGAGAAGUACAAAGAAAAAGAUUUUGUCAAGAUACCUUAUGCAACUUGAACAUGUAUGUCUGCCCCCAACGUUGUUCUGUGAAAAACCAUCUGCUUGUUUUAGUGUGAUUCAUGGUUUCAUUUUAUGUGCCUGUUUAUGGUCAAAUGGUUCUCUACACAGAAGUCUAGUGGCUGCAUCUCCCUUUCUUGUUCCGAGCAUUUUAUUCACAGGAUGUUACAUACAUUUCAGAUUUUUGAACAGCUAUGCUCUGCUCACAUUUUGAAGUAAAUUUCAUUUUGAAAUAGUGCUGAUUCAUGCUGAAUAAUUUCUCAACUCAUGAAAUGUGUCCUGAUUUUGUCCAGUUUCACAGUAACAAAGCAGACAGGCUGUGGGUCGGAAGGUCCUCUUAUUGUUUUUACCUUUUAGGUUUUGAGGGGUUGCAGCUCAAUUUACCUGGGACUGGGUUUGGACUUUCUUUUUUUUUUCUUUUUUUAGGAAAGAAGAGAUAAAAAUUUGUAUUGUGGAAAAGGUAAUACAAUUUCUAUCCUUAUUAAAUCAAUGACUUGUGACGGGAACAACGGUUUUAUACACCUGUUGGAUGACCUGCUGCUUAAAGCCUCACUUAACAUAUACUAUGUCAGCGUUAAGAUAGCGUCCUGAACAAGAUGUUGCCUUAUUAAGAUGAACACGAUCGGUGUGAUGUGAAGUGUGCAACCCAUCAUUUUAGCUGUUUCCUCUGAAUCAUUCUUGGAAAUGUUACUUGUACUUGGAGUGACUGAUAUUCCUGUUCAGGUUUCAGUGAGGAUUGCAAUUUAGGGUUAGCUGUGUUAUUGAUGUAUGCAGUUAUUACUGUAUCAGAUUAAUUAAUUAAUUAAUCAUUUAGUCCAUAAAAUGUCCAAAAAUAAUGAAAAGUGGCCAUUACAAGAUACCAGAGGAUGAAAUAGUGUAUUCAGAUUGUUUAUUUUGGUAAAAUAAAAGAACACAAUGAAAGUUUUUAAA